UCGCAUCAGUAUUGGAGAUUAUCACACAUUAGUUGUCUGGAAAACAUUUAGGGGGAAGCGCAGUCGAGCAUGAUAAUUGCUAGUGAUAACAUGUGAUUCUCGGAUUGCGGUUGUCGCGUGUCUGCUCUUGCUAUCUGUCUCGUCGUAUAGGCAGUAAAAUUAACUGUGGAUAAAAUUUUUGGAGGAAAACUGUCAACCGAUCAUUCGAAUUAACAACGAUCGUAUCACUUGUUCCCGAUCAGUGUCGAGAAAGAAAAAAUGGUAGAGGAGAUCGCCAAAAUCAAACGGCCCGUGAUUGCGGAUAGUGCGGAUACGCUGGUUUUGUACUGCAACCAGUACAGCUACUACUGUCAAAAGGUGAUCUGGGCACUAAAUGUCAAAGAAAUCAAAUUCAUCAAAUACGAGGUAGAUGUGGCGAACGAUGAACACUUUUCGGAAUGGUUUCUGGAACUGAAUCCCAGAGGCGAACUGCCGGUUCUACAGAACGGGUCGCUGAUAGUUCCCGGCUCGAUACGCAUCUUGGAGUACUUGGACAAGAAUUUCUCAAAUGAGAAAUCAUUGCAAAUUCCCAACAAUGCGGACAGAAAACUUACAGAUCUUAAAAAUACCCUGGAUAAAAUACCGAUCGGAGUUAUUACGAUGGGUUCAUUUCUGCACCCAAAAGCGGUUGUUUCGCCAAAAUCCCCGUUCGUUCAACCGGUUCGUUAUACGAUUCUCGAGAGGGACGAAACUAUGAGCAAUCGGCUGAGAACCUACGCCAAGUCGUAUCCCGCGUUCGGUGAUGUUCUACAGAAAAAGGCAGAUUUUCACGAUCGCAAGCGGGAAAUUCUAGCCAGCGAACAGUACUACCGGAAGCUACUCGACGGGUUAGAUGAUUUCCUAGGUGAAGUCCAACAGUAUCUGGCCAAAGUUGACCUUGAUCAGGGCUGGAUCACGGGCGAGCGUUUCACUCUGCUAGAUCUGGGGUUGGGAUGCCUUCUAUAUCGGAUGUACGUGCUGGGGCUCGAGGAUCGUUUCUGGACCGGUGGCAAGAAACCGGAGCUGCAUAAGUACUUUGAAAAGAUUAUGUCCAGCGAUAGUUUCCAAACAACUUUGCCAACCAAAACCACGCUGCUCAAAACGAUCUGGCUGAACACGCCCUCCACUUACAAGGCAGGUAUUGCGGCGUUUUCUUUCUCAUCUAUGAUCAUCGGAUCCACGCUUCUUAAAAGAUAAAACAAAAAGGCAACGCCUGAAUGUAUGUAGUUUUAUAGAAACUUUGGUAGAUCUUUGUUUUUAUUUUUUCAAUCAUUUCAAAUGUGUAAUCAGUUAAUAUUUCCAAUCACCAAGAGGCCUAAAUAUAAAAUAUAUUGUA